AUGGUGGACAUUAUCGAAGAAUUUUGCAAUGGCUUUAAGUCAUCAAUAGUGGGGAAGAAUCGUUACAUCCAGAAGAAAGUACUGGUCGGAAGCGCCCAAAUUAAUGUGGCUCUUGACGAAGAUCUGGCGCGAAGUUUGAAGAAAAUCGUACCCCAAGACGACCUUGACGACGUAGAAAUCCUUACUGUGAUCUGUAAUUCUCGUGGCAUCGAAGGUUCAGUGUUGAUAACGGAGGCUGCCUAUCAAGAUUUAGUACGCCAUCAAAUUAAACGUCUUGAAGAACCAGCACUGAAAUGUGCGAGUACCGUGAACUGCGAAAUCAUAAACAUCAUGAAGAUCUGGAAUACCUUCCUGGAGAAGAAAAUGCAACGCUUGCCGUAUUUGUCAGCGGCAAUUACCGACGAAGUCACCGAACUAUUAACCGAACGACAUCUGGUUGUCCAUGAUCUGCUGAAAAAUUACGUUGCCAUUCAGGCCAGUUUCAUUAAGACGAUCCAAAUUGAUUUCAACACCGAAAUGCAGGAUUUGAUCAAGAAAAAUACUUUGUCGAAGUACGAAUUGCUCACGACGACAUCGGAAAAAGAGGAGGAACCUAUGCAGUCCAUUCUGGGAGACAAGCCGACCGAUAUACAGCAGAUGCAGUGUAAGAUUGUGCGGCAAUUGGUUCAAAAGUAUUUUGAUAUUGUCAAGUUGGCCUUCCUAGAAUAUUGUCCGAAAGCGAUCGCCCACACUGUUGUCUACUUUAUGGAGCGUAACAUCCAACGACGACUGAUGGAGAAACUUCACAAGUCCGAAAAAAUCGAUCAGUUAGUUCGAGAAUGUGAGACAAUCGAAGAACAACGGAAACUGACCACUGACAAAAUACGGGCUAUGGAUAGCGCUCUGGAAGUUAUUCGCGAAAUCAAAAACUCCAGAAUUUAA